AUGGAACUCCCUAUCGCCAACAAUGUCCAGAGGCUAUGGGAGGCAUGGAAUUUCCGGGUCUGUAUUAUCCUAAGCCUCUUGCUCCAGGCACUUUUAGUUUUAGCGUCGCACUUCAGGAAACGGACGAGGAGCAAAUUGCUUCUCGUGUUCAUAUGGCUGGCAUACUUGCUUGGCGACUGGAUUGCUGUCUUCUCCAUUGGGCUCAUCUCCAAAAGCCAAGAAGACGCUUGUAAACCAAAAGGGAAAGAGGAUCUCACUGCAUUCUGGGCUUCCUUUCUUUUGUUGCAUCUUGGCGGCCCCGAUACCAUUACUUCGUUUUCUCUUGAGGAUAAUGAGUUUUGGCUGAGGCACUUGAUUGGUCUCAUAUUGCAGGUUCUGGCAACUGCUUAUAUCUUCUAUCAGUCGCUUUCAGAUCAAAGCAAGCUAUGGAUUCCCACUACAAUGGUGUUUGCUGUGGGAACUAUCAAGUAUGCAGAGCGGACGCGUGCCCUGUAUCUUGCGAGCUUGAGCCAAUUCGGGGGUUCAGUGUUGCUGGAGCCAAAUCCUGGGCCUGACUAUGAAGAAGCCAUUGAGAUAUACUCUUCUAUGAGGUCGGUCCAGGUUCCAUCACAUGUGGAGGUGAUGCAAACCUCGGAUGCUGGGAAUCCUAUGGAUUCUCUGUCCACAAGUGAAGAAAAGUGUUUGAAGCCCUUUGGAAACCCGAUCGGGUUAGACGACAUGCAAUUACUGGAAGAAGCAUCUCGCCUCUUUGAAAUCUUCAAGGGGCUUAUUGUAGGCCUCCUUUUGAGCUCAAAAGAGAGAGAAUUGAGCCGAGAUUUUAUUCUCACUAGAACUGCCACUGACGCAUUCAGACUAAUAGAGUGUGAGCUUAAUUUCAUGUACGAGGUUCUCCACACCAAGAUUAAUGUUGUUCGUUGCCAAACUGGCUACAUGCUCCGCUUUGUUAGCUUCAUUUCAAUCCUAGCAACAUUAAUGGUGGUUUCAAUUGAGAAGCCGUUUGUGUUUCGGAACAAGUUCGAUGCCAGACUUACUUAUGCCUUGCUCAUUGGGACAUUAGCCCUCGAGGCCAUAUCGGUGUUGAUGCUUAUUUUUUCUAACAGGACCCUCAUUGCCUUGAAGAGUAGCUGGAGAAAAUUCAUUCCAGCAAUCCUUCUGAAAAGAAGAAGGUGGUCUAGAUCUGUUUCCCAGUAG